CACUGUCAAUAUUUUUGGAUUGUUAUCUGCAAUGAUUCUUUAAUUGAAAUCAGUUGGGCUCACUUCACAUAUUCUAAUUUUCAGAAUGAGUAUGAAAAAAGGAUUGUUGAGAGAGACUCACAGGAGCCACUAGGGGAUGAUGUUUCCAUUCAACAAGCUGACGACAUCAUCUUCUUGGGUGUUGUUGGAGGAGUGGACAAGAAGGGACGCAUAUAUGGUUUGGGUCCAGAAGCAGAGAGGUACAAGCGAUCUAGAUCUUCCACUUAUGACGGUAUCUCAUCAUCUGAAUAUCAACACAUGAGGACUAUAAUUUCUGAUUUGUCUACUGAAAAUAUGACUCUUAAAGAGAAAUUGAAGACUCAUGAGGAGUUGAUUCAUCAAUCCCAGGAAGAUUCGUGUUUGCUUAGGGAGCAAUUAUUUCAAUUUAUGGAGAAGUUUUCUUUGAGUCAUCUACCUCCACGUUCGGAUCCACCUCCGCCUCCACCACCCACUACUUGAUACAUAUAUUUUAGUUAUGGUUGUUUUGAGUGUUUGGUCGUAUACACUUAAUUUCAAGAACAAUGCUUUUUUGAUAAAAAAACAAUGUUAGUAGUAUUAGUUUCAAGAACAAUGUUAUAUUAGUUAUGGCUUCCAUGUAUUUUGGUGAUUGUGUAUAAAUACUUAUGAACACAAUUUAAAAAGUAUUUCUUAUUAAA